AUGUCAUUCAAUAGCUAUCAUAGAAGGGGAUCGAGGUCGGCAGUUCAUGCCACUCUCAGUUAUAGGAACAGCAGUGAGAGCGAAGACUUGCAAUAUUUGAGUGUUGGUGCGCUAGACGUCCAUAUAUUGAAUAAUCCCACUCAUCAUGACCAGGAAACAGUUAGUGAAGACUCGAGAAUCUGUACAAACGAGGUGAAAUCGGAGGAAUUUGCUAUUUUAUCAACCUCUAGCGAGUCCGAAGGCUCUGGUUACCACGAGGAAGAAGAAGAACUUCCACUGUCUAAUUCUCAGAGAAUAGACGAUUGGUGCUUACAAAAUGGCGAAGCGUCGCUAAGACAACACACACGCACGAAUAAAAGAAUCCAGGAUAUAAUCAAAGCAUGGGGUGUUGACGAAGAGACUCCCUUGCAAAGUGUGGCUCAAGAGCCCUACAAAGAAAUAGCAUCGGUGCCGCUACACCCAGAUAACUACACUGCACAUCUUUUAGAUAAACUCACUCCCAAUCAGAAGUUUAGUUUACAGAGGUUUGCUAACCAAACCAUGCCACUGCUCAAGAGACAAUGCAAUAUAGACUACCCACUUCAUAGGUUUCGAAGUGUCCCAUCCGUUUUCGCACAAAGGGAGUUACUGUGGACGUGCUCAUUGCAAAAUACGCAGAUGUCUAAUUUGGACUCAAUUUGCCGCUACUUAUGGGCGGUAAGAUCAGAAGAUUCGGGUGAAAAAAUAAGCAACGACAGAGUGUCGAGCUCCCGUUCACGCUCAUCAUCUGGUAUUGGGUCUUGGCAUAGCUGGAAUAUAGUUCCACGUUUGAAAGCAGAUUACACAGGUUACUAG